GGACCGGGACUGGCAUUUAUUGCGUACCCUGAGGCUAUAACCCAGAUGCCCGUGUCACCUCUUUGGGCUGUCCUUUUCUUUCUAUGUCUUAUAGUCCUGGGCUUAGACACUCAGUUUGUUGGAGUAGAAGGACUCAUCGCUACGAUUGUGGAUUUAUAUCCUAAUACUCUUCUCAAGGGGCUUCGUCGUGAAUUGUUAUGUGUCUUUGUCUGCUUGGUCUUCUGUUUAGCUGGAAUACCUAUAUGUACCUACGGAGGCAUGUAUAUCUUCCAAUUGUUCGAUUAUUAUGCAGCCAGUGGCUUUGUUCUUCUGUGGGUUUCUAUGUUUGAAAGCUUUACCAUCGGAUGGGUUUACGGUGGGCGUCGAUUUAUGAAGAAUGUAACAGAGAUGUCAGGUGUUAGAUGGAUUGCUCCUUACAUGAUAGCAUCGUGGAUCUGUCUCUCUCCACUCUUUACCUCCGCAAUCUUUGUCUUUAGCCUGGUGAAAUACAAACCCCUGACGUACAAUAAUACAUACGUGUACCCAUGGUGGGGCUAUAUGAUCGGCUGGAUGCUCGCCCUCGUUUCCAUGGUCAACAUCCCUAUCGUCUUCUUCUAUCAGUUGAUCUUCAGCGCCCACGGAUCCCUGAUUGAGCGGUGGAAUGUCCUUACCACACCGUACCUGCCUCACUGCCGAAGCGAAACAGUCAACGCCCCCAACGUCCACGUGGUCGAGCCUAGCUUUCUAAAUAUUGAACUUGGCCUCAACAGCAAGGCCAACAGCGAUGUGAUAAAGAACUGUGACAGCGACAUGCCUCCACCGCCUUACGAUGAAUCUGUUGGGGCUCAUGAUCACGAUGCCAUAAACAGUGUCUAAUAACAAGACUUUCUCUGCAUUCAACUGGUUGGUGAUAAGAUCAUCUGACAAUCACGUGAUCUACAUUGCUGUAUACAUGCAUGAUUGCGCAUUAAUUCGUCAUUAUGUUGUUAUAAUUGAUAUGAUGGUUUUAUGUUGUAUAUGCGAAUACAUAUUAAUAUGAAAUUUUUUAGCGCGCCCCUUGGGUUGUUCUCAUGGCCGCAGGUGAAUAAAGACUGACGUAAUCUCAAAGUCGCUUAGUAUAAUUUCUUCUUCUUACUCAUGUAACUUGAUAUUUGCUCAAUCCGUGGCGAUUGCGAAAUUGUUCUUAUCGAUAUCAAGGGGUAGCCAAUUAUAGUGGACAUGGUAUUACUUUGACUAGCAGUUGGCCCACAACUAGCGAGAUGAAAUAUUCUUUCUUUAAUUGCAUUCCUGAUCUUGGAAGAAUACUCUCCAAAUGCUUAACCAUAAAAUGAUAUGAACAGGGUAUUUCUGAAAAUCAAUUAGAUUUUUUGUUUUUAUAUAUAUAUAUAUGACUUGUUUAAUGUUUUUUGUAAUGUAUUACAUGUAUUUUGCAUUUGAAUGGUUUGUGGAGAAAUAUUGAAUAAAGAUUUUCUUUGAAUAAAACAUCCACAUUCGCGUUGCAAACAACUUGUACUCUGUGCUGCAAGGGCAGCGAUCUUGGGGGCACUGUGCCCCCACACUUUUUGAAGCACUGAAAAGGUGCCCUUUUACCCAAGAAAAAUACCCGUUAAUGAACGUAUACUGUGCCCCUUUCACCUAAGGAGGACCCCUUUUUAGGUGUCACUAAGUGCCCUUUGCUCGUAUCUGCCAUUUUUUACAAAAAAUGCCCCCCCCCCAUAAACGUGUUCUGUGCCCCUUUCACUUGAGGAAGGGGCCCGUUUUAUGUGUGAGAAAGUACCCCUUUGCCUAUUCAUAGGUGCCCUUUUUCGUAUCAGUACCCCCUUUUACCCCUCAAGUACGUUCCACCCUGUUACACCCACAAAUGUAAUAAUCGCCCACAAAUGUAAUAACGCCCACAAAUGUAAUUACACUUUACCCACAAAUGUAAUCACGCCCACAAAUGUAAUAACACUUUACCCACAAAUGUAAUAAUGCACUUUACCCACAAAUGUUAUAAUUUUUGAUCGCCCACAAAUGUAAUAAUGACUUUACCCACAAAUGUAAUAAAUUUGAAGGGAUUUUUUGCGAAUCCGUUCUAAACUAAAGUCCUAUAGUAAUGCGUAUCCCGCCACAAGCAUAUGCUUCUAGGGACCUACGCCUUCCUCUGUACACAUAAGUUGUAUAUAUUUAUAUUCUUUAUGGAAAUUGAUUUCAUAUGAAUUAUUGUUAACAAAAAUGAAGAAAUUUUGUAAAAUGGAGGAAAAUAAGUGUUUAUUUGAAAAAAAUUGAAAUAAAGCACAAAAGUGUUAAGUCUUUUUCCAGACCCGGUUAAUUCUAAAAUUAUAAUAUAAGUCCGAAGUCUUUUUUCCAGACCCGGUUGUUUAAAAAAAUAUAAUAUAAGUCCAACCUAAGAUACGAUAAUGAUAUUCCAGUGGAAUAAAUGAGAAUCGAGGUUAGUCUUUUCUCCAGACCCGGUUAGUUAUAACGAAAAACUAAAACCCUUUACCAACAAAUGCAAUAAUGACUUUACCCACAAAUGAUAUAAAUUUGAAGGGAUUUUUGGCGAAUCUGUUCUAAACUAAAACCCUAUAGCAAUGCGUUCAUAUAGCACAAAGUCGUAGUCUUUUUUCUCUAGACCCGGUUAUAUAAAACAUUUAAACAAUCUUCCAAAUAAAGAUCCCAAAAUUAAUUCUUCUUAAUGUUGAAUAACAUAGAAGUUUAGCGUAGUCUUUCCUCAAGACCCAAAUAUUUCAAAUAGCAAAUG